GAACAAACUUUAUUGUAUCAUAACAAUAACAUAUUCGUUGAAGCGUGAGUGUGUGCGUAUGUGCGAGAAAUACGUCAGCCAACGAGGGGACUAUUGAGCGAUAGUGUCUGCCUACGGCAGCUCACAUCCAAGGCGAAGUUGCCAAGUCGACUCAGUCAUCCCGUGACAUGGCAUGAGUGCGGGGGUGACAGUCGGUGCUCCGGCAAAGCCACAGCAGAAUAAAUGCGUACUCAAUAAAAUAACAUAACAAAUCACUGAGCACACAAAAAAGCACAAUGCACUGCACAACACUUCACUGAGUACUUGAGGCACUACACUGCACAUGACAUAGAAUAAAUCAGCUGGGACACGAAAGCACAUUUGAACUGAACAUCCAAUAUGGCCAUGACCGUCCGGUUCCCGAUGUCCAAGUCUUGAUUAACUUCACACAAUACGACACUUCCAAAGUUCACUGCACCAUGUAUGUGUUGGUAAACUCCUUAACCUUAAGUGGAGGGGCAAGGACACAACUUAAAUGUAGGUUCUAAAUGUCUAUUGUAGAAAUAUAUACAAGAUCCAGGGGACAAACAGCAGUCAGCUUAACAAAUAGACAGACGAGACGAGACUGCCUCACGAGGGCAAUAAUUACAAUGUUGCCAAUACUUAAAUGUUGCCAUAUCAUAUUACUGGACUUAACAUGGGAUACUCUAAUGGCGCGCGACAUGUGAAAUAAUGUUUGAACAUAAUAAUAACAUAAUAAUACUGGUACAUGUGAAAUGCGUCUUUUUCAUGUACCUACAGUGAAAGGUUCCAGAUAAUUAUAGUCUCAUCCAUACUUGUAAGAAAUUUUUGCCACAUCAUAUCCCCUCCUUUUUGAAACUUGUGUUAGAGGUGAAUUGCAUUUGAAAAUUGUAUUAGAGGUAAAAAAAAAUUUUUAUAUCAUAGAAUAAGGUGAUUUAAUAAGACCACUGUGCUAUAUUUACUUUCAUAGGGGUCAUCAGUAGAAAAGAUUCAUGUUUACGUAUAAGCUCUUUUCUGCUAAGUGCUAACUUGGGCAUGUUAAGGAAAAAAAAUGGAGUAAAUUCUGUCUUUAUACAGAAACACGGAGAUUCAUUUCUGGGGCAUGCUGGGAAGAUUGUAUCACUGAUUAGGAAGUACAGCUAGAGCUUGACCAGUGGAAAGGCCCUGUUGACAAGGGAAGCCAUUGAUAAGGAUUUGGACCAGCUAGGAAAUUAGACAAAUGCACAAGGUAGAGUUGAAGAGAACUCAGAAGACAUCUCAACUCUUAAAGGGGAAACCUGAUGCCAAAGUAUUGAUAAUGUCAACUAUGAGCUUAGAACUUCGAGAGCGAACAUUCUCUACUUUAGAUUUCUACCAUGAGCUGCAAGAUGAAAUUACACCAGCAGGUGUUGCCUGGUUCCAGUCAGACUGGGACUCUACUUUGACGAAUGUUUUCCACAAGAAACUUAAUAUGCGUGAACCUAUUUAUGAGUAUGAUUUUCCCCCUCCAUAUAUAACAGCAGAGAAGUAUUUUCCAGUUAAAAAAGCCUUUCAAUGAGUACAUGGAUAGAUAUAAACACCCAAAGGAACUCAAUAAAGAGAUUCUUCUUCAACGUCUUGCAAAGAUAAAUCCUCUAGAGGGAGACCCACCUGUGCUUCAGUUUCCUUCUGCUUUACCAAUAGACAACACUCUUCCAUCAUGGUAUAAGAGGGAAAAGAAAAUAAAAAGGGAGCGUCUUGGUGUUGGAAAAUACAGAGAUCUCUUCAGGGGCCGUAAUAGACCACCACAAAUUUUGGAUGAAAACAUAGAGAAGUUUGAAAUUGAGUAUGAAACCGACAAGCCUAAGAGACAUAAGUAUUAAUAUGAGAGAAACCGU